GUGGCUAAAUCUUCUCUCUCUCAAAAAAGGCCACUCUCCUUUUCCGCAUCCUCCCUAGAAAAAGCCUUCGAGCUUCCUCGUUGCUAAGUCAGGGAUUCUUGUUUGCCAGAACCACUCCUUUUUCUCUCCCUAUAUAUAUAUAUGUCCAUUCAUGGAUUUCUCUCUCUAAAACCAAGCUAAAAAUUCCUGCCUUUGAGAGCCUGUAUCUUGUUGAUUUAGAGCAGCUCAUUUCUUUGUUUCUUCCCUUUCAUAGAAUUAAGAUAAAUACCAAUCUCCUCGGCUUUGCUUCUCUAAAUUCUUGCUUUUUUCCCCCUUGAAAGUUUCGCAUUUCUUUGCUUCUUGGGUUCAUCAAUGCAGAUUCUUGAUGUUACUUGAUGCCCAUUUCUGCAUCUCUGUUAAUCUUAUCACCUCAUCAUUGCUUCAAAGAGCAACCCAGAAAGUAGAAACCAUUAACGAAAAGAAAAUAUAAAGACAGAACCUCUUUCUCUCUACGAGUUCCUUUUUUUUUGUGAUUUGUUGAAGGCUUGUAGAGAUCAAAAUGUUUGACUGCCUUACAAGGUCCAAGUUCUAUACAAAAUGCAAGACAUCUGUAAAGAUAACAAAGACACGCCUUGAGGCAUUAAAGAAGAAGAAGAACAGUGUGAUAAAGUAUUUAAAGAAUGAUAUGGCUGAUCUCAUUAGAACUGAUCAUGCUUACAAAGCUUUUUGCAGGGCAGAAGGGCUUCUGGCUGAGCAAAACAUGAUAAUCUAUUACAAUUUCAUUGAGCAGCUCUGUGAUUGCAUCUCGGGCAAUCUUUCCCUUAUGAACAAACAGAAGGAAUGCCCCGAGGAAUGCAAAGAAGCUGUGCAAUCUCUAAUAUAUGCUGCAGCAAGAUUUUCUGAAUUUCCAGAGCUACGAGAUCUUCGUUCUGAAUUCAUUAAUAGAUAUGGACCUCCUCUUGAAGCAUUAGUUAAUAAAGAGUUUGUCGACAUGUUGAAGCCGAAGUCUAUCACAGAAGAGAUGAAGCUUCAAUUAAUGCACGACAUAGCACUAGAGUUCUCCAUAGAAUGGAAUUCAAAGUCUUUGGAACAGAAACUCUUUAAACCACCUCCGCCUCAACAAGACCAGCAUAGGCAUGAAUAUAAUGAUGAAUAUGAGCCGAAGAAGAGCAAGGAUGAGGCUUUUACAAAAAGGAACAGCUUGAAUGAUGAUGACGGAUACAAAUGGGUAAAGAACAAGGAUGAUGCUUGCACAAAAAGAGACAGCCAUGACUUGGCCAACAAAGUACAUGACAAGAGGGAGCAUACCUUCCAGGAAAGAGAUGAUGAAAGGAUUUUUACUUAUCGAGGAAGAAAGAAUGUCAAUGAUGAAAAAUACAAACUCCAAAGCAGCAGUGAAGAUGAAGUGUUUUCAGUCAGCAGGAGAGACAGCACUGACCAAGAUAGCCUACUAGCUAGUUCAAGUUCAGUAGGAAGUGUUUCAGAAGAUGAAGUAGAUAGCAAGAAGCCCAUUCCCUAUAGAUUUAUUCCUCCCCCUUACCGCAGAACAACAAUUGAGAAAGAAAGCAAGAUCGAAGAAACCCUACAACCAAAUGAUAAAAUUGCUGCAGAGGAAGCUAAUCAUCCAGAUGACUCGAUCAAGGAAACCAAGCCCAAACCGAGAUCAGUCAGAAGUAGACCAUUGAAGCCACAACCAGGACACGAAAAUUUUGGCAGUAUUGAAAGACCGUUGAAGCCACCGCCAGGUCGUGAAAGGGUUGGCAGUAUUGAAAGCGAUGAGUCUGCCAGGACUAAAUCAAGUGCAAUGAAGCAAGAAGAGCCUAGACGAGGUUCUAGAAUCCUAAAAACAGAUGAUGAUGAAAGGGAUGAAGAAGAAAAGGUAAUAGAUGGACUUUUGAUGCAUUACGGUAAGAAAGACUCACUUAAUGAACCGAGCAAAUCGAUUCCUUGUAUAAAACCUCCUCCUUCAAGCCAAGCAAGUGAUGAUGCUGCUAAAACCUCAAGGCUCAGAAGUGUAAUAUCCGAAUUAACUCUUCCAACUGGCAGAACAUCAAGCCUGCGAGAACCAGGAACAACAAGGCUUGGUAGUGUAAUAUCCGAAUUAACUCUUCCAACUGGCAGAACAUCAAGCCUGCGAGAACCAGGAACAACAAGGCUUGGUCGAGCUGUUUCAGCAGAGCCAGAUAUAAUGACUGGUCGUGUGCAUCCCAACCUCCCAGAUUAUGAUGAAUUGGCAGCUCGGAUUGCAGCUCUUAAGGGAAGAUAAUUAAAAAGAUGGCAUUAGGUUAUUAGAUAGCUCACAUAGCAUUCUUUCUAUUCUUUAAAAGGCACAAAGGAAAAAAAAUCAUUUGAUUCCUUAAUAUUACUCAAAAACAUGUCCGAAAGCUGCAUUGAUGACUAUGUAGAUUGCUUUUCUUUA